AUGGAUUGGGAGGAAGCAACCAAGUUGCGGUUGUUCCAAUUAAAUGAGAUGGAUGAAUUUCGGUACCAGGCGUAUGAGAGUGCAGCCCUUUAUAAAGAAAGGAUGAAGCAAUACCAUGACAAGAAGAUUCUGAAGCGAGAGUUCUACAAGGGUGACUCUGUAUUACUGUUUAACUCUCGGUUGAAGUUGCUACCGGGUAAGCUUAAAUCCAGGUGGUCUGGUCCAUUUGAGGUGGUAGGUGUUUCUCCCCAUGGGGCGGUUGAGCUGAGGUCCGGAGAUGGCACUCGGACAUUUACGGUGAAUGGGCAGAGGUUGAAGCACUACCAUGGCAUGAUUUCGGAGGAUAGGAUCGUUGAUCGCUACAGGUUGAAACACCUUGGAACGAACAAUGAUCUGGUGUACCAAGACAAGGAGUGA